AGAGAACCAACCAACUCAGGGGUUGUGUUGGGUGACCGUUUUCAAAAAAAGUAAGAGAGAGAAACAACUGAAAAACAAAACAACACUCACAGAUCAACAUAAAACACUCACCUCACUCUCCACACUGCUUCUCAUACCACUCUCUCUACUAUCUCUGCUUCCUGUUUAUCCCGGAAUACGUAUCACUAAUCCAAACCUAGUUCUAUUUGAGCAUGCAAGUUGGCCGGUUCAGGCAAAAGGAAGGAGCGUCAAGAAGAGAGGGACGCCGAUAGAAUAAUAAGCACUCUCUGUGGUAAAUGAUGCCGCAAGAUUUGAAGCAGCACCAUAAUGAAGAGUCCACGAAGAAGGAGCACAGUGAAGAAUCUAAAAAGAAGGAACACAAUGAGGAAUCUAAAAAGAAGGAGCGUCACAUUGUGACUUGGACUCAAGAGGAGGAUGAUAUACUAAGGGAGCAGAUUGGUAUUCAUGGAACUGAAAAUUGGGCAAUUAUUGCAUCUAAGUUUAAAGAUAAAACGACAAGACAGUGCAGAAGAAGAUGGUACACAUACUUGAAUUCUGAUUUCAAGAAAGGUGGAUGGUCAGCUGAGGAAGACAUGCUCUUAUGUGAGGCUCAAAAAAUAUUUGGUAACAGAUGGACAGAAAUAGCAAAGGUGGUUUCAGGCAGAACGGAUAAUGCCGUGAAAAACCGUUUCUCGACACUCUGCAGAAAGAAAGAAAAAUAUGCAGCAUUAGCAAAAGAAAACAGUACUUCAUACAUCAAUUCAAAUAGCAAGAGAAUUAUGUUCCAACAUUAUAAUAAUAUGGAUGCAACAGUUGAAUCUGGAGUACCUAUUAAAAAGAUGAGGAGGGCCCAUAUCCCUGAUGAUGCAGAAAAGAGCGAAUUUGGAGACCGAUCACAUUUACGUAAUGGAACUCCAAUAAAUCAACAGCAAAGAGCACCAUUUGCAGUAUUAGCUCAAAACUCUCAUAACUCAAACAACUUGCCAAACCCGCAGCAUGAUUGCAAUCCCAAGUUUGAUUCUGCCCAGGAUGACCAGAUUCAAGGAACAUUUCUCAAAAGGGAUGACCCAAAGAGAAGUGUAUUGAUGGAACAGGCAGAGUUAUUAAGUUCACUAGCUCUAAAAGUUGAUACCGAAAACGUGGACCAAAGUCUUGAACACACUUGGAAGGUUCUUCAAGAGUUUCUGAACCGAAACAAAGAACCAAACAUCCCUGGUCACAAGAUUUCAGAUUUACGGCUUGUAGAUAAAGAUAUCAAUAAGGACUUGAAAAGCAGUAAUGAGGAAGGCCAGGCUUGUUGGAGGCAAGUGGAACAAUACGAAGAUUCUCCAGCCAGUUCCGGGUACAGUACAGAAUCAACUUUCCUGGGUCAGUCAGCCGUUGAUAAUUCAGAGCACACAUUGCAUCAAGAUAUUGAAACUGAAAUGAAGUCUGAACAAGUUGGAGAUGAAAAAGGAGUAGGCAGAGAUGAUAAAGGGGUUCUUUGUAAUGCAAAUGUAGAUCAAGCAGAUGUACUGCCAUAUUGUGAGGAACAGAUAAACAAUGAUGGAAUUGUUUCUACCUCAUCAAGAUUGGAGUUCAACUCCCCUAUUCAAGUAACCCCUCUGUUCAGAUCCUUGGCAGCAGGAAUUCCCAGCCCACAGUUUUCAGAAAGUGAAAGGAACUUCCUAAGGAAAACACUAGGAGUGGAAUCUCCUUCCAUCAACACAAGUGCUGACUCAUCUCAACCACCACCCUGCAAAAGAGCCCUACUACCAAGUCUAUGAACCAUCUGAGAUUCAAAUAUUGAUCCGUUUUGGAAGGCAUAUGCUGUUCCCCAAGAAUGUCAUGAUACAUUCUUGCCGCCAUCAACAUAUCUAACAUCUCAAAAGUUACCUUUUUGAAACUUGCACAUAAAAUUGGAUUGCUUAGUGUGUCAUUCUUUGGUUUGUUUUGUUUUGAUAUUGUUCUGGGUUUGUUUUUCUCCAAUCCAGCAAUCAGCAUUUUGUCCGAAUUUUGUACAGAGCUUGAUGUGUAAUCCAGUAGCAUCCUGAUUCCUGAGUGUGUAUGAAUACAUUAGCAUAGAUAGAAGAGAGAGAAGAAAGUUAACAGUGGCAACUUGGAUUCUAAUUUGUUGUUUGGAGUGUGCAUAGGUUAUUUAAUAAAUAUUUUUCCCUUUUGCUUCUGAUGUACUGAAACAUAAUCAUAAGUGAGUGGAAAUGCAUUUUGGUUUGGUGUGCAAA